CAAAAACUACGGCUUUCACAAGAAAAGAGAUUGCAAAAAUAUUAUUCGCAGAUUGGAGCUAUCGAAGCAACACUUCAUACCACUGUACAAGUCUCGAAAAAGGGAUGAGCUCUUCGUUCUAUAAGAUUUACGAGUCGGCGUCGGCCGCAGAAGUCAUGAGCAAGACUCCUCGCUUCAGUCAUAGUCGAGAUGUCUCCCUUCUCGCUUCGAGCGAAUCAGCCGAAGUCAAGGACUACGCCAUGGGUAUGCUCUUUCUUGCCGUCGUCAUUCUGGCUGUCUUUAUUCUUUGGUCCGCUCUCUUGAUUCUAUUCUGGUGGCGUGGGCAAGAGCGGUUCGGAUUCCUUGCAGGCGGGUCCUUCCUUGAAGAAAGCAACACCUCCAACACUUCCAAACAUGUGAACGCCGACUCGAGCGACAAUUCCGAGAGCCAGGAAUCGGCUAAACUGAACCUAGCUGCCGGCGCUAACAAGGAAUCAAAUGACAAUGAAGCGGAAGACGAAGCCCUCUCCAAGGACUCCAAACUCGGUAACAACCAAGACACAAGCGAACUAGACGACAUGUCUGACAAGGAGUACGCAAAAAACUCGCUCAAUCAAAGCGAGACUGGUCCCGAGAGACUCUCGCUAUCGCUGCCAGAAGAAGCGUCGUCGGAAAAUAUCGAAAAAGACCAAGCGGACACUUAUUGUCACGAAGCAGGCGAUCUUCGUACGCACAAGGUGGCUCGGAUUUGCUUCAUGGUUGCGGGUGUUAUUUAUAUAACAUUCGCCCUUCUUUUGGCCACCCUCGGGAUCAUGCAACUUCAACCUACAGUCGACGUAAUCAACGAAACAGUUCUUGACGUCGAAAGCAUUUCAAGUAUGACACGGUCUACAAUUGAUCGAGAGCUUCGUGGAACCAUCGACUCGGCCAAUGUGAUUCGUAGUCGCAUGGAUUUUGAAGUAAGUCAAGACCGCUUUUGUCCCGCCGACCCCGAGGUGAGGGGUUCCGAACUGGCGCAAGAUAUUCUUAGCCAGUCACAAAAUGCCAUCACUAAGCUGAAUGAUUUCUCGGCAAGCUCAUUGGAUGAUGCUGAGUCAGCUUUGAACACAAUCGAUGACGGAACUUCUAGUGUAAAGAAGACAACAGAAGAUAUUGACAUUGCAGGUUGGAAAAUCGCGAUGGUGACGAUCCCGUGUAUUGCGAUACCAGGAAUACUCAUGGCAGGAUGUAUUCAAGCAUGGUUGGGUGUUGAGCGUCGGUUUCUUCAAAAUGCUGUGACCUGGUUUGUGUUUCCCGCACUUGUUCUUUUGACACUGACUGCCGUUAUCGCGGCGGUUGGCAUGGGGAUAGCCGCAACCGUAAAUGCCGACUUUUGCUUACCGGGUGGUUCCACAAACGAUCCCCAAACGGUUAUCUUGAGAGUGUUGGAGGAAUCUGAUUACCAAAGCGGCGAAUACGUGUAUCAAAUGGUAGAACACUUUGUCUCCCAAUGCAGAGACACAGUCAAUCCUUUCGCCGACGUGGAGGGUGUCUUGCUUGAUUUGCCCUCGACUCAAACUGCUUUGGAAGAACUUGAUGUCUCAUUGAGAGAAGAAAACACCUUGGACGUCUUGGCGUUGUCCUGUGAACGCGAUUUUACAGUUCUUCUAGACCUCACUACCUCCAUGCAGGAGGUCGUCCAAGAUAUGAUUAAGCAGUUGUCUCAGGUUUUAGAUACGCUCUCGUGUGAGGCGGUGGUUCCGUUGUACACUAAAGCCGUGCACGAGGGUAGUUGUGACCUUUCCGUUUCGGCAUUGACUUGGAUCUUUGUGAGCGCUCUCGUGAUGGGUGUUACUGGAAUGAUUAUGAUCACUCUGCGGGCGUCGUACCGCACGACUGAGUAUGUGCACUCUAACGACGGCACUUCUCGUGGUAGUCCCGAGCUAGAUACCCAUAGUUCAUGGCAAGGAAAGAUCGCAGCCACUGGUAAUGAGGGUCCCAAUGAAGCGGACGAGCUCUUUGAACAUCAGGAGCCUAUGUUUCUCGACGAGGUCUCUGAGACGGAGUAUCGCUAUGGCUUUCGACAAAAUGACAACGAAUUUCGUCCCGUGCAAUACAAAGAAUCUUCCAACAGUCGGUCAACAGCCAUUGUACGACCACCCCCACUCAUAAAUAACGUUAUUCGGAUGGAGAGUGAGCCGGCAUUCAUCCCGAACAGGUCGAAGUGGGAUUGCACGGCAUUCCUAUUGAUGGAUCGUAGUGCUAACACGAAGAUGAGCUCUUCGUUCUAUAAGAUUUACGAGUCGGCGUCGGCCGCAGAAGUCAUGAGCAAGACUCCUCGCUUCAGUCAUAGUCGAGAUGUCUCCCUUCUCGCUUCGAGCGAAUCAGCCGAAGUCAAGGACUACGCCAUGGGUAUGCUCUUUCUUGCCGUCGUCAUUCUGGCUGUCUUUAUUCUUUGGUCUGCUCUCUUGAUUCUAUUCUGGUGGCGUGGGCAAAAGCGGUUCGGAUUCCUUGCAGGCGGGUCCUUCCUUGAAGAAAGCAACACCUCCAACACUUCCAAACAUGUGAACGCCGACUCGAGCGACAAUUCCGAGAGCCAGGAAUCGGCUAAACUGAACCUAGCUGCCGGCGCUAACAAGGAAUCAAAUGACAAUGAAGCGGAAGACGAAGCCCUCUCCAAGGACUCCAAACUCGGUAACAACCAAGACACAAGCGAACUAGACGACAUGCCUGACAAGGAGUACGCAAAAAACUCGCCCAACCAAAGCGAGACUGGUCCCGAGAGACUCUCGCUAUCGCUGCCAGAAGAAGCGUCGUCGGAAAAUAUCGAAAAAGACCAAGCGGACACUUAUUGUCACGAAGCAGGCGAUCUUCGUACGCACAAGGUGGCUCGGAUUUGCUUCAUGGUUGCGGGUGUUAUUUAUAUAACAUUCGCCCUUCUUUUGGCCACCCUCGGGAUCAUGCAACUUCAACCUACAGUCGACGUAAUCAACGAAACAGUUCUUGACGUCGAAAACAUUUCAAGUAUGACACGGUCUACAAUUGGCCGAGAGCUUCGUGGAACCAUCGACUCGGCCAACGUGAUUCGUAGUCGCAUGGAUUUUAAUGUGAGCCCGACGCAAUUUUGCCCAGCCGAUCCCGAGCUAAAAGGAUCUGAAUUAGCACGGGAUAUCCUCAGGUACGCGCAGCCCAUAAUCGCCAGGCUAUUUGAGUUUGGUGACUUUUCGUUGGCCUUAUUGGAUGAUGCCGAGUCGGCUCUGAUCAUCCUUGAUCGCGAAACUUCAACUAUCAAUUUUGAAAUAACCGGUUGGAAGACCGCGCUGGUGAUCAUUCCGUACGUGACCAUACCGGGCAUACUCAUGGCCGGAUGCAUUCUCACCUGGUCUAUAAUUCAGCGUCGAUAUUUUCAAAGUUUCAUUAGUUGCUUCGCCCUUCCUGCAUUUAUUCUUUUAACACUGAUUGCCAUUAUCGCAGCGGUUGGUAUGGGAAUUGCCGCUACAAUGAAUGCCGACUUUUGUCUACCUGGAGAUAUCCCAGACAAUCCGCAAACUGUCAUCUUGCGAGUAAUGGAGGAAAUGAACUACCAACGCGGCGAGUUCGUGUUUGAUAUGGUGCAAUACUUUGUCUACCAAUGCAGAGACACCGUCAACCCUUUUGCCGACUUGGAGGCCGACUUUGCAAAUUUGCCCACAAGUCAAACCGAGGUGAAAAGCAUUGACACAUUGCUUAGCCAAGGGGACACCUUGGACCUCUUGGCAGUAUCUUGCGACAAUGAUUUUACGAUUCUCCAGGGCCUUGCUGUUUCCAUGCAGGUCACCUUGCAAGACAUGAUUGAGCAAAUGGCUCAGGUCUUGGAUACACUCUCGUGCGAAACAGUGGUCCCGCUGUACACCAACGCCGUGUACGAGGCUUCUUGCAAUACAUCGGUUUCGGCAUUGACCUGGAUUUUUGUGAGCUUGCUAGUAAUGGGAACUGCCGGAAUGGUCAUGAUUACGUUACGUGCAUCGGUUCGGGAGACCGAGUACGUGAUUUCCAACAAAGGUCCCUCCGGUGAGGAUGCAGAGCGAGAUGCCGAUGUUUCGUGGUCAAGCAAGCUGGAACCUACUGAUAAAGCGGAUUUGAAUGAAACGGACGAGCUUUUUGAUGAUCAACAGCCAGAGUUUCUCGACGAAAUUACCACGGCGACGUACGGUGCGCGACAGAUUUGCAACGAGGGCGACGUUGACGGGCACUUGGUUCGUUGAGAUGACAGUCACGACGACGGUUCGUUUCCGCGGCGCCGUUCCUAGGUAGAGAGGUCGAGAGGUCGAGAGGACCGUUCGAGAUGGCAACUUUCAUAGUUAGCUGGCGGGGAAGGUUCUUUUAGGAAACUUCGGUUGCUGGGUAUCCCGAUUCAGGGACUGACUGUGAGUUGCAGUGUCGUGUACUACUCUAGACUAGUAUAGGUAACUAUGUAGUAUGCGAGGCAACCAAUAGUAGCAGUGCAGACGUUCACC